CUCCAGCGUCCUAUAACAGCCCGGGGCGAUAGCCGCGAGGCUGAAGGUGGGCGCUGGUGGCCGAGGUGUUUUGGUGCUGCUGGCUCAGCAUGUGGUACGCGAGCCCAGCCGCGGUGGUGGCCUUUUGCGCCGGGCUUUGGGUCUCUACCCCGGUGUCGGCGCGGGGCCAGGAGGCCGGGGGGCGGCCGGGGGCCGACUGUGAAGUAUGUGAAGAAUUCUUGAACCGAUUCUAUAACUCCCUGAUAGCCAGAGGGGUCAACUUUUCUCUGGACACCAUAGAAAAAGAAUUGAUCAGCUUUUGCUUGGGUGUCAAAGGAAAAGAAAACCGCCUGUGCUAUUAUCUUGGAGCAACGAAAGAUGCAGCCACGAAGAUUCUCAGUGAGGUCACUCGUCCAAUGAGUGUGCACAUGCCUGCAAUGAAGAUUUGUGAGAAGCUCAAGAAGAUGGACAGCCAAAUCUGUGAGCUGAAAUAUGAAAAGAAAUUGGACUUGGCAUCCGUGGACCUGAGGAAGAUGAGUGUCGUGGAGCUGAAACAGAUACUGCACAACUGGGGGGAAGAAUGCAGGGCUUGCGCGGAAAAAACAGACUACGUGAACCUGAUCAAAGAACUGGCACCCAAGUACGCCGCGGUGCGCCCCGGAACCGAACUCUGACCCUCCACGCGGCCGGCGCACCAUAGGUUGUAAUUAGAGACAAAAAUGACGUGUCGGUUGAGUCACCGGGAAUUGCACUGCGCUUGCGUGGUCUCAUACUUUCUGUUUUGGUAUUCCUCCUCAGGACUGGUUACUUGAGUUUAUAAGUAAAACUGUUAAUAUUAGUGGUAUCUUACUUUUGCAAUGUACCAAACCCUAAAAGUGCCUUUAUCAUAGUUUUCUUGGAAUGACUACGUCAAUUAUCAUUGGCUACCUCCUAAAAUUGGGGAAAGUGAAUUUCCGAAAAGUUGAUGGAGGAAAUUGAGUCCAAGAAGGAGAGUGCUCAAGAGGCCCCUCUCUGUGCAUUAAUCUUUAAUUACAUAUGUUGGAUUAGGACAAAAGGAACAAUGUUUAGCUUAUCUAACUCCCAACUUCAACCCAAAAUAACAACCUGGCAUAAUCAAAAGUUUUUAAAAAGUAAACUUUGUAUUUUCAACUGCAACUCUCUCUACUUUCUAGUUCUCUUUGGUACCAGAAAUGGAAGGGCAGGAGGCCCUACUUGAAAUUAGUGUUUCCAUAUGAAGGAAACCUAUUCAAACCUACUCAAAGAAAAUAGAUCAAGAAUCCACACAAGUGUAUGUAGCCAAUAUUUUGGCAAAUUAUAUCAACACUCACACUGUUACGUGAACCAAACUCAAGGACUUCUGCGGCCUUCCUGUCACACAGUAGACAAGCUUUUGAUAGAGGGCUAAAACAUAUUAGGGGCACCUGCAGGCAACAUGGAGAUCGAUGGUUCUUACUGCUAUUUCAUCAGCUUUAAAUUGUAAAAUCAUUUGUGGCUCCAUUUUCUGGCCACGUAAGAAUAAGAUCCCACUGUAGAAGUAAGUGGCUGUCCCUGAGUGGCAGGUGGAGUGGAGAGUGAUUGCAGAGCAGCUUGAGGGAAAUUUCUGGGGUAAUGGGAACAUCUUAUAUCUUGAUGUUGGUUACAUGGGUGAAUAUAAUUGUCAAACUCAUCCGGCAGUACAAUGAAGCCCCGGGCAUGUUACUGUAUGUAAAUUAUAUCUAAAACACUGCUGUAGAAAAAUUAUUUGAAAAUUAACUAAAAUUAAUUGAUUCAGAACAUCUUGUUCAUUUAAAGAAUUGCAGUUACUCACUGGGAGUCCUUUUGGGGAAUGGAGGAGACUAAAAGUAUACACUGUAAGUAUAAUUUCCCGUUUUAAAUGCUGCACAGGCAAAUGGAUUUUCAGUUAGACAGUUGGGAUGUAACCAAAAUUGUCAGAGAAUUAGUGGUUAGUAACUUAAGAAUGAGAAUAAAAAGCUUUGAUGUAAUAAAUGGCCAAAAAGGUUAUUGUUUUUGGAUUUUGGCAACCUGAUCAUUAUGUGUAAAGCAUCGUACUUUAUUAUGAAUUGUAUUUUUAAAAUGUCCAAAUUUAGGUUUUUUACUUUUUAUAGACUUGUUUGUUUUUCUUUAGUGCAUUUUGAACCUAUUGAGAAAGUUGUCAUUUAAAAAUAGCAUGUUUGAUGUCUGAUCUUAAAAUCAGGUCAUAUUUCUCAGGGUCAUUUUUUUUCAGGAUAUAAAUCUAGGUAAUAAGAACACUGCCCAGCAGGUGAUUCAAAUCCAUAAUAUUUAGUCUAGUUUUUCAAAGGCCAUUUUCUGUAAGUCAGUACUACUCAAACUUCUUAAACUGUGCAUACAAAUCACCCAAGGAUCUUGUUAACAUGUAGAUUCUGAGUCAGUAUUUCUGGGAGGGGCCUGAGCUUCUACAUUUCUAAUAAGCCCCAAGUGAUGCCCAUGGAGCUCUUCCAGGGACCACACUUUGAGUAGCAAGGGCCUGAGUCAUGGAUCCUGCGAUGGAUUUAGUUUUGCCUUCUGCCAGUCUCACUCAAUUAGAUUUAUGGUAGGGCUGACUAUAACAAUAAAAACAAACAAACAACAAUAAACUCACAAGAGAUGAGUCUUUCAUGUAAAAGAGGUCCACAGGUAGCCAGUCCAGGGUAAAUGGAGCUGUUCCACAAAGUUAUCAGGGACUCACCUCGUAUCACUUCACAGCCUAGGGGUGGGUCCAUUCUUAACCCAUGGUCCAGUUGACUGCUAGAACUCCCUGUUCCAGGAGGGAGAAAGCAUAUGAACUGAACCAGCCUCUUUAUGGCGGCCUUCCCGGUCCCCAUCCCCCCACCACCCCCACCAACACCUUUAAGUUCCA